CUAUGCUAAAGUCGAUCUUGACUCCUUCUCAAGGUCUUUUAGUAUCUCGUCGAUUCUUCUCUUCACCAGCUCCUUCUCGAUUUUUAAACGACUUUAUGGCCACCAAGGAAAAAGGACCUGUUCAAUUAUCUAUUGAACAAAAGGUAACAGAAGCUUUGGAACCUACUAUAUUGGAAACUGUGAAUGAAUCUCAUCUACAUGCUCAUCAUGCUGCUAUGAAAGGUGUCACCAACAAGGAAACUCAUUUCAAGUUAACAGUAGUAUCUGAUAAGUUUGAAGGCAAGACACUUAUGCAACGACAUAGAAUGAUUUAUGGGUUAUUGGGUGAUGAACUUCAACAAGGAUUACAUGCUCUUACAUUGAAAACGAAGACUCAAAGUGAAUUAGAUAGUAGAAAAUGAUUUUGAAUGAUUUAAUGAUAAUAAUAAUAAAAAAAAAAGAAACUAUAUGAUCAUGA